AUGAUGCAGGGGAGCUACGGCUGCGGUGGAGCGGCGUCGCAGGACCCCAAGCCACGGCUGCGGUGGACGCCGGAACUCCACCAGCGCUUCGUCGACGCCGUCACCAAGCUCGGCGGCCCGGACAAAGCAACACCCAAGUCAGUGCUCAGAUUGAUGGGCAUAAAAGGCCUCACUCUUUACCAUCUAAAAAGCCACCUCCAGAAGUAUAGACUGGGAAUACAGGGCAAGAAAAGCACAGGCCUGGAACUUGCCAGUGACGGACUUUUCUCACAAGGCCUCAGUUCAACCACAGCGCAUCCUCCAGGUGUUCCUGCUGAAGGAAAGAACACGAGAGAAAUAGCACUUAGCGAUGCACUAAGGUAUCAAAUUAAAGUCCAAAGGAAACUACAAGAACAAAUUGAGGUGCAAAAGAAGCUGCAGAUGCGAAUUGAGGCCCAAGGGAAGUACUUAAAGACAAUACUAGAGAAAGCUCAGACAAAUAUUUCCUUUGACACAAAUGCAUCCAAUGGCAUAGAAUCAACAAGAUCACAGCUCAUGGACUUCAACCUAGCUCUAUCAGGUUUCAUGGACAAUGCAACUCAAGUAUGCAAAGAAAAUAAGGAGCAAUUGGUGAAAGCUUUGUCGGAUGACAACGAUAAAGCUAAUCUAGGCUUUCAGCUGUACCAUGUAGGAAGUCAGGAGGCUAAGGAAGUCAAAUGCACACCAAAAACCGAAGACUCGCUCCUACUAGACUUAAAUAUUAAAGGAGGAUAUGACCUCUCUUCUAGAGGAACGCAAGUAUGUGAACUAGAAUUGAAAAUCAACCAGCAGAUAGUAUAA